GUAAGGGUUUGAGCAACGUUUGGACAGGGAGCGUGUCAGAGAAAAGAGGGUCCAACAAGAAAAGAAAAAUGUCACUCGUUCAUUGCUCUCUCGUAUAUCUCAGACCCAAUGUAAUUGGAGCAACUGUUAACAGACCGGCAUUCGAAUCCAAGUUCUUCGGCACCAGGGCUUCUUUCAAGUGGCACUCCCUCAAAAAUGAGAACACCCAUCAACCCUCUGAGGGCUUCUCUGUCCUGAAAUCGGACAUGCCAUGUGAUAGUGGAAUUAUAUGGAGCACUAUGGCUCUUUAUGUGUUCAGUUUGCAUGUUCCUCUUAGUUUUGGCGGGUUGUCUGUGGUUGCCCAGAUGUUGCAUCAACCUGUUCUUGAUCCACAGAUUGAGGCAUUGUCGAUACUUGGAAUACAAACUUCAGAGCUCAUUGGCAUGCUGCUGCUUCUAAGAUCUACUGGGAAGCCUCUACAUAAAUUUUGUGGCUUCUUUCAAGCUAAAGAGUUAUCAAUAGAGAGGAACUGGUUGUUGGCAUCAGCAGUUGGUUUUGGAUUUCUUGUUUUGUUGAUUUUCCUCACAUCUCUCCUUGCCGACAGAUUGAUUGGGCCCAAAGAUGUGAACAACUCCACUUUAAAGGAAAUUCUAUCAAGUGGCUCUAUCUCUGAAACUGCCUGCUUUGCUGUCUAUUGCAUUGUCACUCCGUUGUUGGAAGAAGUUGCAUACAGAGGUUUUCUGUUGACAUCUCUUGCCUCCACAAUGAAAUGGCAGCAAGCAGUUGUCGUAAGCUCUGCUGCUUUUAGUGCAGCUCAUUUCUCUGGUGAGAAUUUUCUGCAGUUGUUUAUUAUUGGGUCAAUCCUUGGAUGCUCUUAUUGUUGGACUGGAAACUUAAGUAGUCCUCUUCUCAUUCAUUCGUUGUAUAAUGCCCUGAUCCUAUUAAUAACAUCUGCAUCUUAAACAUAAUUGAUUUCGCUUAUUUUCUCUUUCUUCAAAGGAACCAUCCAUUUUCUACGGUGAUGGAGAGGCAUGUCAAAGAAUAAGAUUUCAAUAGUUUCAUGUAAAGAAUAAGGGUUAAUUUAUAAAAAUAAGGAAUAGGAGAUGUUUGGAUG